AUGGCGACAACCACAACCACAACCACCAACAACCACACUGCCAUAGAACACCAAAUCGCCCUCCAAGGCGUCACCCUCUCCAACAACACCAUCCCCCCCACCGAAUUCCUCAUGAGAUGCGCCCCCUCCCCCUCCCUCAUGAUCUCCUGCGGCUGCAUCAUCGUCGACCCGUCCGCCCGCAAAAUCGCCAUCGUCCACGACCCAGACACCAACAUCACACAACUCCCCAAGGGCCGCAAAAACAUCAACGAGGACAUCCACGCCGCCGCCCUCCGCGAGGCCCACGAGGAGACGGGCAUCCCCGUGAAGCCGCUGCCCCUCAGGAUUGCCACGCGAGCCACGCCAACCGAGGACAUGAUGCAUCUGGUGCGCAAGACGGCAGAGGGGUACCCCGAGGAUGUAACGUGCGAGGUGGAGAACUGCGAGCCCGUGGCCGUGUGCUAUCAUCGCUGCUCGGGGACGUUGGCCUUCAAGCUGGUGUUUUGGUAUGCGGCGCAGGGGGAUUCGGCUGUGAAGCCCGUGGAUGGGACGAAAGAGGUCUGGGAGGAGCAGUAUCAGGUUGACUGGGUGGAUGCGAGGAGCGCGGCUGGCAGGAUGAGUAUGGUUGCGGAUGGGGAGGUUAUUGACAAGGUUAUUGCGGAUAUGGUUGCUUCUGGAUAUGAUAUUUAG